GUUUCUCAGUGGCCAGCACAAAUUCAAAGCCAGGGCCUUUCUGUGUCCUAAAAGUAAACAGACAAGCAGAGAGGCCCCACAGGUCCAUGAAAAGACAAGGUUGAGCUGAUUGAGUCCUGGGGGAAGUGCGUUUUGUCUUAAGUCCUCUUUGCAUUUUUCUUGCACAGGCAGAUGUUGUCUGUCCAUGGACUAAAGUGAUGAGCUUGCAGUAGCCACAUUUUAGCUUCCCGCACUGACUCCAUGGAAGGCAGCAGGCAGGACCCCAGCUACCCCAACACACCCCUCUGAAUUGCUCUGCAUUUCCAUUUACAAAGAGGCUGAUCUCCCAUGUUUUUGAAGAAGAGAACACUUGAGUGUCUCUCUCUCUCUCUAUCUGGUUUGAAAUGGACAGACUAUCCCUUCCUUUUGUCUCCAGGACUCAGUGGCAGGGAACUUUCCCCAGCAGGAAGGAGGAGUUGGGCUCACUCACUUCUCUAUUCAUCGAAUCCUAUCAGCAGCCCUCUUCCCCUUGCCCAGAAGUUGAGCGAGGCACUUGGAUUUCACCAUUAGAAUAGAAAAGUAGAUCGCAAAUAGGACCAUAUUUGGAGCUGAAAUGGAACAAGCAGCUGGUGAGCCAGUGAGAGACCAGGUCACACGGACACAUCUGACAGAAGACAUUCCAAAAGCCAAGAAAUGCACCGUGAUCGGGGGCUCUGGGUUCCUGGGACAGCACAUGGUGGAGCAGUUGCUGGCAAGAGGCUACACUGUCAAUGUAUUCGAUAUGCGGCAAGGGUUCGACAGUCCCCAAGUGCAGUUCUUUCUGGGCGACCUCUGCAGCCGACAGGAUCUGUACCCAGCUCUGAAAGGUGUAAGCACAGUUUUCCACUGUGCAUCGCCCCCACCAUCCAGUGACAACAAGGAACUCUUUUAUAGAGUGAAUUACAUUGGCACCAAGAAUGUCAUUGAAACUUGUAAAGAGGCUGGGGUUCAGAAACUCAUUUUAACCAGCAGUGCCAGUGUCAUCUUUGAGGGCGUCGACAUCAAGAAUGGAACUGAAGACCUCCCUUAUGCCAUGAACCCCAUUGACUACUACACGGAGACAAAGAUCUUACAGGAGAGAGCAGUCCUGGGUGCCAAUGAUCCCGAGAGGAAUUUCCUAACCACCGCCAUCCGCCCUCAUGGCAUUUUCGGCCCAAGGGACCCCCAGUUGGUCCCCAUCCUCAUCGAAGCAGCCCGGAAAGGCAAGAUGAAGUUUGUGAUUGGAAACGGGAAGAACUUGGUGGACUUCACCUUCGUGGAGAACGUGGUCCAUGGACACAUCUUGGCUGCAGAGCAACUCUCCCAAGACACGGCCUUGGGUGGGAAGGCAUUUCACAUCACCAAUGAUGAACCCAUCCCUUUCUGGACGUUCCUGUCCCGCAUCCUGACAGGCCUCAAUUACGAGGCCCCCAAGUACCACAUCCCCUACUGGCUGGCCUACUGGCUGGCCCUCCUGCUGUCCCUCCUGGUGACAGUAAUCAGUCCUCUCAUCCAGCUCCAGCCCACUUUCACACCAAUGCGGGUCGCACUGGCCGGCACAUUCCACUACUACAGCUGUGAGAGAGCCAAAAAGGUCAUGGGCUACCAGCCCCUGGUCACCAUGGAUGACGCCGUGGAAAGGACUCUGCAGAGCUUUCGCCACCUGCAGAAGGUCAAGUGAGGCACCUGGAGACUGGGCCCUCUCAAUGCAUUCCCCAGGUGGUAACUCUCCCCUGUGGACCAAUAAACUAACCUCCUUCAAACAAGUUUUUUCUGAGCUUAGGUCUCCUCCUGCCAGUUAGAUGAGAGCACACCCAGCCCUUCCGUGACCACAAGGGUG